AUGCCGACUCUUCAAAAUCUAAUCUGCCAUGUCGAACAGAUAGGUACAGAGAAAAGUCCAUUUAAUGAAUACGCGGUCUCCUACGGAGAUAGGGUCGUAGAGAGUUAUAUCGCAGUUCCUCCCGGCUCAACACCCUUUGCUAUCAGUUUGAAGUCGAAUUGUUUCAUCUUUGAAGGCUUGUCAAUGUUUGUCUUUAUCGAUGGGUUGUACCAAUGUAACCGCAACAGAUGUGGCCUUUCACUUCCUGAUGCGUGUGCUGUUACUUCUGACGCCUCCCAACGAAGAGCCUCUGUGGAGUUCAGAGUCCGCCAGAAGGAGGAGUAUCUCCCAACAGGCGAGUGCGUGGGCAAGGCGUGGAGUUUUGCGCCUCUCGAUACUGCUUUGAUUAUAGCUAGAGCUUACGCUUCAUCCGUAGUGCAUACUACAUCUUGCGCUAGCCCCGAGACAUCGAGCUGCUCUAAUCACCUUGGAUCGAUCGAGGUCUACGUACUACGAUGCUUUCACCGCAGAAACAGCCAAGAGUCUCUAUUUGACGCCAUCUCAGACGGGUCUUUGUCGCCAGAGUCCGCGACAUCUCCUCUAGACUGCAGCCCACUGGUCUGUCAAAGUAUGAGCGGAGCUACGACUGGGUUGGAAAAUAAAAUCCGAUCGCCGCCUGAAGAUCUCCUUCCAAAUGUCGGAAGUAAAUACAGAUUGGCUAAUCGGAGGACGACACUUGAUGGAUCGAAGGAUAGUGUAAUCUCCAGGCCAGAAUACAGCUAUGGCAAAGGAGAGCACCGAUAUCGACAAGAGGCGAGAGUAUCUGCUUUGAGUCCACCAAUAGGACCGUGUGAGUACAACAUACAACAUAUAGCCGCACAAGGAACUGGAAAGAACAGUCGGCAUGACCCAGAUUUGCGCCAACACAAACAGCAAUCUCUCUCGCUACUAAACGAGCAGAACUCUUGCCCUCCAAGGUUUAAGCACAAUGCACUGGAAGCUCAAGGUAAUAUUGACCAGUGCAUGGUCGAUUCGUCCAUAAGGACUUCAGUUGAUAUUCAUUCUUUCGAAACUCCAGCUCGUAUGGACAUUUGCAAGUUUACUUGUUCUGAAAUGCUCAAUGUUACAAGCACAGAUCGCAUACAAUACAGCAAGGAGCUUAGGGCUAAUAACGACAUAGAGGAGUAUUGUUACAUAAUCUCACCUAACUUGCGAAUACAGCCCACUGGCCAGUGGCAUCAUCAUGAUUCUCUCAACUCGUGUGACUAUGGAAGAGAGAACAAUCGAGCAAAUGGCAAUCAAGGCCUCUCAAAAACAAGGGGUCAACAGUCAUCCAUAUUAGAAGAGUCGAAAUACAACCACCGGCAAACGGCUUGGGCUGCUAAGAGCAUUGGAGAGAGCAUCUCGGUCGAAUUCCACAAAGGUCAAAAUCAUAACCGCUUUCCUCAUGGCCAUAUGAGAGAAGAGGCCAGCUGGCAGUCUGAAAAGAACGGCAGCAGUCCCACGAAAACAGACGGAGAGUGGGAUACAUCAGAUGAGGAAGAGAAUCAAAAUUUUAAUCCCCAAGAUGCCAAAAGAAAGGGAAAUAAUACAGAUAAUGAAAAAAUGAUUGAGAAUGAGUGGGAUGCUGAAUAUACCGAGACACAAAUCACAUCAAAGACGCAGGAUAGCUGGGAGACUACCCUACCACUAAUUGGUGACGCAGUGUUACAUGACACGUGUAAGAGAACCAAAGUGGAUGAUCAAUACGAUAUCAAGAUUGGGAAUUGGCUACCUUCCCAUUCCAGUGGAACACCUGGCGAUGGGAUUCCCAGGGACCGGCAUCCUGGGGAUUCAGCCAGGUCAGCAGAGGAAGUUCGCGCGUUUCUUGAUUUUCCAGUGAGAAAUCAGGACAAGAACAGAUAUGGAACGGUAAGUCCUGAAAGAAUCGACACUCGAUCUUUGCUUCAUGAACCUCCAUUCAAUGGAGGAAAAGGGCUUAAAGUUCAAGAAAAUCUAUGUUCUCAGCCACCUCAUUUGACUGGUAUCACACCCAAAGACUCUCCCGGUCUCAGACCCUCUUCCAGCGAACAAAAUCGUAUGAAUGGGCAUUUCUCGUCUUCGUCACAUAUUCCUGGGUUGCAUUUUUCGUCAUAUCGUGUUCAGCUGGGAAGCGCAGAAAGGUAUAUUCAUAACACAGCGAAUCCAAAGUACAUCGAUACCCUGCAGGAACCAUUCGCAAAGUUUGUAUUCAAAUACAGAGAAAAAAUUGCUGAUAGAGCUUUAGGAAUCAUCGAAAAGAUGUUUGGCACAAACAAGGGAGAUAUCAGCAAUGAGAGCAAAGAGCUAGAAGCUCUAUCAAAAACUGAGCUUAUAGCACGACUUUUGCAUACUGAGGGGCUCCUUGAACAGCAGACAUUUCCUGGGAACAAUCAUCACAAGAAUGAGAUGCACAUCAGUUGUAAGACAGAUGGACUCGAGACAGAAAGGUCAGGCUCCCUAAGCGACAUGAGAACAGGUGAUCCUUCUUCAAGCGAUCCUUGGGUGACUGGUCUGGGCAAUACAGGUGGAUUACACAUAUACUCCACAGAUAUUGCUCAUCAAGCUGAAGAGCAGUCCUUAUUGAAUGGCAAAUGCAUGAAUAUCAAGAAUACUGAUCCUGAAGAUUGUGGCACUUCAGAUAAUAAAACUGAAUGGAUAGACAAUCAUGAUGAUCAGCAACACAGGGAGUGGGAGUGUGGUGAGAUUAGGGAAGGUGGACAAAGUGGUGGAGACAAUACCAAGCAUGGUGGUCAUGCAUGCCCAAAAGAAGUGACUAAUGACAAGGCAGACUGGUAG